CCCUCCCGGGUGGCGGCCGAGCCACGUGGUGGGCCGGGAAGCGGCAGCCGCCGAGCGCCCGGGCGGCUGCCCCAGCUGGGCAGUGCUGCACCGCGCCGCGCUCGGUGCCUGCGGGGGCCGCUGCGCGCUGGCCGGCGCCGCGGGCGGGAGGUGUACCGACGGCCGGCCGCAGACAAAGGAGACGCCGCGGAGCCCGAGCGGACCCCGCGCACCAUGCACUCGGGGCGCGGGCGGCCGGCCGCGGCUCUGGGGAUCCGGCCCUAGUCGCCGGCCCCGCCGCCCCGGGGCGCCAUCGGGACGCCGCCGCCCCGCGCGGCGCGAGGAGGAGCCAUGGGCAAGUGCAGCGGGCGCUGCACGCUGGUCGCCUUCUGCUGCCUGCAGCUGGUGGCUGCGCUCCAGCGACAGAUCUUUGAUUUCCUGGGCUACCAGUGGGCUCCCAUCCUGGCCAACUUCCUACACAUCAUGGCUGUUAUCCUGGGCAUCUUUGGCACCGUGCAGUAUCGAUCCCGGUAUCUCAUUCUGUACGCAGCCUGGCUGGUGCUCUGGGUUGGCUGGAACGCCUUCAUCAUCUGCUUCUACCUGGAGGUUGGACAGCUGUCCCAGGACCGGGACUUUAUCAUGACCUUCAACACAUCCCUGCAUCGCUCGUGGUGGAUGGAGAAUGGGCCCGGCUGCCUGGUGACUCCUGUUCUGAACUCGCGCCUGGCACUGGAGGACCACCAUGUCAUCUCCGUCACGGGCUGCCUGCUUGACUACCCUUACAUUGAAGCCCUCAGCAGUGCCCUGCAGAUCUUCCUAGCUCUGUUCGGCUUCGUGUUUGCCUGUUAUGUGAGCAAAGUGUUCCUGGAAGAGGAGGACAGCUUUGACUUCAUCGGUGGCUUUGACUCCUAUGGGUACCAGGCGCCGCAGAAGACGUCGCAUUUACAGCUGCAACCUCUGUACACGUCGGGGUAGCUUCUGCCCGGGACCUACCCGCAUACCUGGGCAACUGGAGUUAGAAGCAGCACUGUAAGGAGCUCGGAUCACGAUGGGCAGGCGCUCUCCUUGGCUGCCCACAGGCUGACUGCACCUCGCGCAGCCUCUUCUGGAUCUACUGCCCCUGGAGCAAAUGCGGACUGAGACUCAAACUUGGACUUGACCUGGCUCUGGCUCUGGCCAUGGCCCUUAGCAGCCGAACUUCAGGGUUGGGACUGGAUGGGACUGGGGGGAGGGGGAAUCGCUGGGUUUGUAUUUUUUUUAAUCUCAGCCUUGGUACGUGCCAGGGUCUCUCCCUCUUUCUUCAGAUUCGCUCCUUACCUAGUAUUUUGCCCUCAGUUCAAACAGCAAGACAGUCGGACUCAUCCCCCAUCUCAUCCCUCAUGUACCUGCCUUGGGGAACGACACUAUGAACUAGGAGCAGGAGUCCUGGGCUCCAGCUGCAGGGGCAUCUCUGAUAUCCUGCGUGACAUCUGGCAGAGCCUUUACUCUCUCUGGGCCUCAGUUUCCCCACCUCAGAUAAUUAAAAUAAUCCCCGAGCAGAUGACACUUCCGGCGUGCUCAUUUCUCAAUUCCCUGGGCUACAAUGCAGAUGGGAAAACUGAGGCCCAGAGACGUGAAGUGACUCGUUUGAAGCCACACAGUAAGGCUUUAGUGGAGGCAGGCUUUGAAUCCCGCAGGCUCUAAUUUUAAACUCUGCAACCCAGGAUCUGGCCUCCGGACUUGGUUUACACGCCCCCUUGCAGCGUGGGCAUUCCCACACAUUCACAUACCAUCACCACCACUCACCAGCUCCACUCUUAAAGCAAUAUACCAGUUUCUUCUCUUGUUGGGAACCAGACAGACAGAGCCCAAAGUCUUGAGUUCUACCUGACCCACAGGAAACCUUUGUAGUCUCAGCCUGCCCUUCUUUGGCAAACCUUUGAACCUCAUCCUCCAGGAAAGCAGGGCCACCCCUCAUCCUACCCUCCACCAGGUCCUUAAGCCUGGGUCUCCUAUCCCAUGAUCCUUUGCUGCUACCCCGCCCCCUUCCCCUAGCAAUCCUACUAAAGCCUUGAUUCCUACACCUACUUCACCAUUGUGGUCUCAGGAGGGAAGAAGAUGGUGUCCAGGAGCACCGAAGGGGCAGAGUGGGGGUGUGGGUGGAUUGUCAGCACCCCACCCUUCCUGGGGACAAGCAGAGAGGAAGCCUGUUCUCAUCACCUCCCUCCACAGAUGCCCUGAGGACCCUGUGUCCUGAGUUCGCUUGGUGAUGUGUCCAGAGAGUAGCCGUCAAUGCCCCAUCUCUGGAACUGGAGCCUCCCUGACUAUGAAGCCUAUCAGAGAGCUUGGGCAGUGGAGACAGUUCACACCACACUGUGGUGAAUUCCCCAUUCUCCAUUCCAGGCUUGCCUGAGUUAGGAUGGCAAACCUACUCCACUGUCCCAUCCAAAAUGCCACACGGAACAGCCAGGCCCAGGAGCCCCUCUGGUCCUCACAGGUCCCUGGCUGGUGAGCCACAUCAGAGGGUGACAGACUUCCUUUAGGCCAGGCUGCCUCUUGUCACCUGCAGCCCUCACUUCUCCCAUCCCUUCCCCAGGCCUCUUUCUACUCAAGGGUUUAGCCACUGAUGAUUUGAAGACUUUCGGUUUUAUAAGCCGGGUUUUGCAGGGGGACUGGGUUUGCUUCUCAGUGAGACCUUAUGGACUGGGACCUCCCUGGUAUCCAUGCAGGUGGUUUGAUUAAAAAAGGUGUUUUCUUCACUGUGUGCCUGUCCUGCCCUAUAGUCAGAAAGACCUCCAAAAGGGAAAGUCCCUGCCAAAAAAAUGGGCAAAGCUGGGUGGUCAUUUCACUUUUAACAUAUAUACAUACAUUUAGCUUUCUGUUAGAGACAGGGUCUCUCUGUGUAGCCCUGGCUCAUCCAGAACUCACUAUGUAGACCAGGGUGGCCUUGAACUCAUAGACGUCUGUUUGCUUCUGCCUAUGAAGUGCUGGGAUUAAAGGAGUGUGCCACACUACA